AUGCUCGUCACUGACUUGGGAAAAGAAGUGCGUAUUCCGCUCGAAAAGAUCCCUAUCGAUGCGGCACAAUAUCAGUCGCUCAAAGCGCUCUUACUUGGAAUGUCGGGUGAACUGUCAGCUGAAGUUGGUGACCCACCAGCGAUCGAAUGGAUGUUGCUUCAUCAUUUCGUGAUAAUUUUUCUGACACUGGUUGGAAAUUCUCUUCUGAUCUAUGUGAUUCUGAAGAAUAACGUGAUUCGUCGCCGUAAGCGGGUUACACCUGUUCAGAUGCUGAUGUUACAUAUGUGUGCUGCGGACCUACUCUUUGCACUGAUUACAAUGGUCCCAACAAUGGCCAUGACAGCUACGGUACCAGUUUUUCAUGGACCAGACAUGUUGUGUAAAACGGUCAAAUUUCUCCAGGUAAUACCCAUGUAUGCGAGCUCAUUUCUACUCGUCGCAAUCAGUGCCGACCGUUUCCAGGCCAUCUGCCGUCCUCUAGCCUCGAUGAAGUCCAAUGCCUACAAGCGUCCAGCAUUCUACGCCUCGAUUGCUUGGGCUCUAGCCUUGCUCUUUUCCACUCCACAGUUUGUCCUGUUCAAGAAGAGCGAAGAGUACUGCUGUGGCUGGUUAUCUUUACUAUCGUGUUUGCAAAGCUGUCUGGCAAGCACAUCGUUUGGGAGUAAUUUCCAGGCAAAUGGGAAAGCAGGACAAAUGGGGUUCUCUGUGGCUGGAAUGCAAGUACAUCAUAAAGGUGCAACUUUACAAUGUGUAGAAUUGGACAGGAGACGAGUUCAGACUGUGAAGCUCACAUUGACCAUUGUAGCUGGAAACUUCAUUCUUUGGGCUCCGUUCUGCAUCACAUCGGUAAUCGAUGCGCUUUGGCCUUCAGCCAUUAAUCCCACAGUUGCAACGUACAUCAUGUUCUUUGGCAAUCUGAACAGCUUUAUGAAUCCGUGGAUAUGGUUUUACUUCAACCGUGCUCAGUUCGUUCGUGCCUUGCCUUGUUACACGGCCACGGAUCCCCUUUUAUAUGGUCGACGAACGAUGGAUGGAACAACGGAUUACUCGAACGAGUGCCAUGGCCUACGCCAUUUGAAAAGAUCAAUGCCGCCAGCCACAUCGUUCUUCCCCGGAUGCUGCUGUGCAAGGAAUGUUAAGAAAUCAAAACAUAAACAAAAAACGGAUGAGAACGCUGUGGCCAUAAAGCAAAGCAAACACCAUCUAGUGAUUCCCAAGGUGGCAUUGAAUGGCAAAAUCAUCACCUCCGGCAGCAAACGUCGCUCAAAUACAGCACCUGAGCAUACCGCUAUAGAGAUACCUGAGGAAUUCGUCACGGCAAGGACGUCUCGAGAACUAAACAACAACCAGCACCUCUCCAUGAAAGAGCUUAUGCGAACGGUGCGAAUUGAGGAGGGUCUACAUGUGACUCCACGUGAUGGACAUCAACAAGGACCAUCCACAUCGACGCGACCGAUCAUUGUAGAUAAAACUGCGAAACCAGUUGUUCCUGAGAAACCUCAGAUGCUUGAGCUUGUCCCAUCAAAUCUGGAAACGCUAUAUGGGGACCUGAUGCUGUCGAGUACAGAUCUUGCAUGUAUGCAGCCAAGAAGAGCUUGUCAAUGUUGUCUAACCCCUUUGAUACGGCUACAACAGAGAAUUGCCGAAUGUUUCAUCUGUGAUUCUAGGGAAAAACGACGAAAAAGGAUGAGACGGCAUGCCCAGCAAUUGGCUCAAAGGGCGGAACGAGAGAAAGCUAAGAAGGCUGUUUUCGACGCUGAAGGUGACAUCACUUCGCGAAGCAUCAGCCAGAGUCCAGCACCUGACAAGCGCUCAUUAUGCUCUGUUGCGACAAUUUCCGGGGAUAUGCAUCUCACCCUACCUCAACCAGCACCGCCACCACAACCACGAUCCAAUUAUGUUACAUAUGUGCCACAAAUGCUACUAGCUGUGAUCACAAUCUCAUUUGCUUGGUUAGCCAAUCUCAUCAAUUAUAUGUAUAGAUAAUUCCACCUUCAUGAUAUGUGUCAUGUAUGCGCUGUAACAUAUGACUAAACCAUUUCUUUCAAUAUGUAACAUUGCCUCUGGAACUCGGAAGUGCGUGUGACAUAAUUGUCAAAGAUGAAAAAGAGAUUCAAAACGGCUUUGUACUUAUAACCUCUUUAUUAUUUGCCCAUACGGUCAGUGCUUGCUAAUUUACUGUGCCAAUAAAUAUGAAGAUAUCUGAAUUGGAUAAAUAAU